GAUCUGAGCCGGGGGCAAGAGGGGGCCGAGAGCCCGCCGCAGAGGGGGCAGGCGCCGGAAGAUGAGCGACGCAGAUUUCACAAAACCACCACUAGCACCAAAACCAAAGAUCCUCAGUCAUCUUGCUUCCAAAUUUCCUCCAUCACUGUCAAAGUCUGGUACACUUCACAAUUCAAACUCUAUGUCUAGGGGUCCAAAACCACCCAUUGCACCCAAGCCAAAAAUCCCCAGUGACAACGAUCCUGUGAUUAUACAGCAAUCCAGUGUUUAUGCCAACAAUACUUUUAACAAAUGUACCAAUGGAAGACUAAUAUGUACAGCAGGACAGCUCUGCGAAGGAAAUCAGUGCAACACUGAGUGCUCAGAACCGGGAGCUGAAGAUGAAUAUAUUGUAAAUUCUGAAACUGAAUUGACAGACAAAGACUAUAUUGACUCUGAACAACUGCAGGAAUCAGAGGACAAUGUCUUAGAUGCUCCAGGAGCACCAGCAGGUAAGGAAGAGGAUAACUGCACCAACAAUAAGAUCUCUGAUCUUGAAUUAAAUGAAUUAGAGAACAAUGAUUCUUCAUAUAACACAGAACCAAUGGACAAGGUCUCAUUGGAACCAACUGAUAUCCAAACUCUUGACAGCCCUGAAGAUUUAAAAGAGGAUGCUGGAUGUGAAAAUGUAGACCAUGAAACCGGUCCCAGUGUAGCCAAAAUGCACUGUGCAGAUGGGGCUGAUGAAACACUUAGAGAACUGGAUCUGAUAAAGGAAAAUAAUGAGUAUAAUAUGGAUAAUAAAAUUUUGAAUGGAGGUGCAGUUUUGAAGGACACUAUAUGUGAAGAUAUUAUUCUAAGGCAUUUAAAGGAGCAAACACCCACUUCAGAGGACCUGUUUCCAAUUUGUGAGGAUCCGGGAGAAGAAGAUUCACUCCAGGCUUUGGAAGACGAGCAACCCAGUGUUGACAUGGAAAUGGGUGCCAUGCAUAAUGAUGGAGAUGGAUCAGCCUUGGACAUAGAGUUGGAGCUUGUAGAGGAUGUUUGUGAAAGUCCCAAUAUUCUUGCUGAUGAUUCUGAAGAAACAGAUACUACACUAGAACUUAAUGGACCUGAAUCCAAUACAGAAGAGGCAUUGGGAGGGACCGCUAAUGAAACUGAUGCUGGAAAAGAAGAGGAAAUUGAUCCUGAUGCUGACUGUGAAACAGGCAUAGAACUGGAAGAACAUCUAGAUUAUGGCAACCAAACCACUGAGAUGAAGAGUGAGGAAGAAACAACAGAUACAGUGUGUGAUACAAAAGAAGACCCAGAAGAACAAAAUGAUGACGUGCUGGAGUCAGAGACCACAGAUGACAACUGCCAGAUUAUUCCCUUUGAGAAGGAAUGCAGUGAGGAUGCCCCUGACUCUCCUGAAGAAUUGCCAUUAGAAGAGAGUGAAAUGUCUAGUGACAGUCAGCCUUUUGCUCUUCAGGAUGUUAGUGGGCAGGAAAGUGAGUCACUGCUGGCAGAAAAAUCUAAGUUAGAUUGCACUGAAAGUGCUUUGGAAGACCUAGAAUCACAAAACCAAGUGAAUGAGGUGGAGCACAGUGAUGGUGGGAAAACUGCCCUAGAUGCAUCCAAUGAAACAUCAGUUGAAGAUGCAUGCUGUGGUACAGAAGAACCGAAUGAAUGCCAUUGUAGCAAAACUGAAACAAAUGCAAGCAGUGAAUAUGUGAUUGAUGAAUCUGCAGCAAUUCCUGAAGUGGUGGUUGCUUACGAUAAAGAUGAUGGAGAAACAGCCAGUGACUCCCUAGACAACCCAUAUAUAUUGGGAGAUAGCCUGCCUUCAGAUGUUAGAAAAGAAGUGGGGGAGGCUGACGUUCAAGAUGCUUCAAGUGGUUUUAGGGAGGGAGGGGGUAUGGACCCUGAAAACCACUUGUUCCCUAUUGAUCGGAAAAGCAUUGUUACUAGAACAAGGUCACUUUCUGGAAAAGUACCUGGAUAUGUGCCGGAAACAGUUCCAGAAGAAACAGGCCCAGACACUGAUUCGCAACCCUUGAGCACAGCCCCCAUGGUGUCUGAGGACUUAAGCCAUACCUUCUCUUUGUUGGACGGAAAGCCUAUGGAACUGAAUAGGGCAUUACCUGCAAAGCCAAGGCGCUUUAUUUUAUACCCUCGAUCUUUUUCAGUAGAAGGCAAAGACAUCCCAGUCUCUGUUUACAGAGAGACUGAUACCUCUGUAAUGGAUUACAAUAGAAUAAACAGGACAGAAGACCUCACUUUGCCUUGUGUAAUUGCUUCAUCAGGCAGCUUUUCCCAGAGAAAUCACCUUCCAUCCAGUGGGGUAUCCACCCCAUCCUCAGUUGUUGAUAUACCACCUCCUUUCGAACUAGCCUGUAUCACCAAAAAGCCAAUCACUAAAAGCUCACCUUCACUUUUAAUAGAGAGUGACUCUCCUGAUAAAUACUGCAAGAAAAAGAAGUCCUCUUUUAAAAAGUUCCUCACGCUGAAGUUCAAGAAGAAGACAGAAAAUAAAGUCCAUGUGGAUGUUCAUCUUUCUUCUUCAAGAUCCUCUUCGGAGUCUAGUUAUCAUGGACCUUCCAGGGUCAUGGAACUGGACCGGAGGAGUUUGAGUAGUUCACCUCAGCUGAAAUCACGAACUGGCAAGCUGAGGGCCUCUGAGUCUCCAACUGUUCUCUUCUACAAGGAUGGCAAGAGAAAAGGGACACCCAAAACCUUUAGCAGAAGUGUGUCAAGGGUGGAGUCUUUUGAGGACCGUUCAAGGCCCCCUUUCAUGCCCCUUCCAUUAACUAAGCCUAGGUCUAUAUCCUUUCCUAAUGCUGAUACUUCUGACUAUGAGAAUAUUCCAGCAAUGAACUCGGAUUAUGAAAAUAUACAAAUUCCUCCACGAAGGCCUACCAGGACAGGAACUUUUACUGAAUUUUUUGAAGAUCCUAGCAGGGCAUUAUCUGCUGCUAAUGAGAAUGACGGCUAUGUGGAUAUGAGCAGUUUUACAGCUUUUGAGAACAACAAACAGCAGCCUACCAACCAGGAGACAGAAAGUGCCUACACAGAGCCUUACAAAGUGUGCCCUAUCUCUGUGAUUCCCAUUGAGGAUGUCACAUCAGAUGAGGAACAGAAAAGUUCUGGAGAUGAAGACAGUAACCAGGGAGAUUCCAGCCUCAUCCACAAGAAAGAAGGACAAUCGAGAGCUCACCUCAUCGCCCAGGAACUUGUGUCUUCAGAGAAAGUAUAUGUAGAGAUGCUCCGGCAGUUACAUAUGAAUUUCUAUGAAGCGGUCUUAAGAGUGCUGGGACAUAAGGAUGACAGUGACCUUGAAGAAGUAAAACUCAAGGAGGGGUUGAGUGAACUCCCAGAGAUCUACAAGCUGCAUCAAGAAAUGCUUGGGGAGAUGGAAGAAAAAGUCAUCAACUGGGAAGAACACCAGAAAGUAGCCGAUGUUUUCCUAACUAGGGAGUCCAGGUUUAGCCACCACACAGCUUUCAUUAUGCAGUUUGAUAGGAAUUUGGCUUUGCUGGAUGGAUCCUGGCUUAAAUCUUCCCAGCUGGAUGCUGUCAUUCAGGAGUUUGAGCAGGUUCAUGACAGCAGUCCCUUGAAUGUGAAACAUCAGCUUCUGAAAGUGGUGCAACGAAUAUUCCAAUACCACGUGCUUCUCACAGAUUACUUGAAUAAUCUUUGCCCUGAUUCUGCUGAAUAUGAAGAUACACAAGCUGCCUUGCUCCUUAUCUCUGAAGUUGCAGACCGAGCCAAUGAUAGCAUGCAACAAGGGGAAAAUCUGCAGAAGCUGGUGCAUAUAGAGCACAGUGUCAAGGGGCAGAGCAACCUCCUCCAGCCAGGAAGGGUGUUUCUUAAAGAAGGAACGCUAAUGAAAGUGUCUGGGAGAAACAGGCACCCACGACACUUGUUCUUGAUGAAUGAUGUUCUGCUAUAUACCUAUCCCCAGAAGGACGGCAAGUAUCGGCUGAAGAACACCUUGGCUGUAUCUGGCAUGAGGGUCAGUCGUGUAGUGACAGAGAAAGCCCAGAAUGUGCUGAAGAUUGAAUAUGGUGAAAAUUGCCUAACCCUAUCAGCAAGCUCAUGCUCUGAAAGGGACGAGUGGUACAGCUGCAUCAGCAGAAGCAUCCCAGAUGACUACAGGGCUCACAGCACAGCUGCUUUUCACAACAGUGUGGAACUUAGGGAAAGACUGGGGAUAUCCUUGGGUGAGAGACCCCCAACUUUGGUGCCCGUCUCCCAUGUCAUGAUGUGCAUGAAUUGUGGCUGUGACUUCAAGCUCACGUUGAGGCGCCAUCAUUGCCAUGCAUGUGGGAAGAUCGUGUGCCGAAAUUGUUCAAGAAACAAGUAUGCUCUGAAGUACCUCAAAGACCGACUAGCAAAAGUUUGUGAUGGCUGCUAUGCAGAAUUGAAGAGGAGAGGUGAUUCUCUUCCCAUCUCCACCAUUACAGAGCGGCCAAUGAGCGUGAGCUUCCCUACCAGUUCAUCCAGGUUUUCAGGCAGUGCCUUCUCUUCUGUCUUCCAUAAUAUCCACUACUCAUCCUUCAAAAGACAAAAGAAAAUCCCUUCAGCUCUUUUGGAGGUGUCGGCCUCUGGAGAGGGCUCUUCGAUCAGUGGCUAUCUCAGUAGGUGCAAGAGGGGGAAAAGACACUGGAAGAAGCUGUGGUUUGUCAUCAAAGGCAAAGUGCUCUACACCUAUACAGCAAAUGAGGAUAAAGUCGCCACAGAGAGUUUGCCUUUGCUGGGUUUCACAAUUGUCCCAGAAAAGGAAGACGGGAAUAUGGAUGCAGUUUUCCAUCUUUACCACAAGCAAACUCUGUUUUAUAGCUUCCGAGCAGAAGAUAACAAUUCCACACAGAGAUGGAUUAAAGCCAUGGAGGAAGCAUCUGUAUUAUAGCAGUUAUCAUCUCAGUGGACUUUAAAUGAAUACCUUUAUAUUUGCAGCAAAAACCCUUCUAUUGGAGGAAACAGUAUAUACCCCAACCUGGAAAGAAUUUGUCCAAGACUGUUUUCCCCCCUUCCUUCCACCCUCCAACUUGCUUCCCUACAAGUGGAGAUUUUAAAAGGAGUAUUUAUGGCCCUUUUUCUAUGGGUGCAAUGUCAUCCUUCACUGUAUGCUCCAAUAUAAUACAGUCGCAUCCUAUUUUCAAGACGUAGAAUGUAUGAUUGUUUCUGAACUCACAGAAUAUGCUUGACUCGUUGCAUCUGGCUCAGCUCCGCUAACCUGUUAAAACGUCCCGUCAACUUCGAUUUGUUUUUUGUGCCAGCCAUGAAAGUGAAAUACAACGUCAUACAUUUUAUUAAAACUCAGCUUCUUUUCUUCUCAUCUAAGAUCUCAGGACUGACAUAACUACCAGUCCCUUUUCAAAGCCACUGUGAAAUUGCAGUGUGCUUAUUGGGAAUGCUGCCACAGAAAGUGUGUGAGCACUCUCAGUCCACCAGUGUUCAACAGCAAGAACCCAGGAUGGUAAUUCAGCACUAACUUACCGAAUUGAUGGUAAGCAUUUCCCUUCUUGCCAGUAAGCGUUUUCCUUCUGGACAACCCGAACCCAACUGAAGAUUACAUCAGUCUCCAGUCCAAAGGAUGUUAAUUUAUUG